UACAGUAUUGGAAUCUAGCAAUGCAGACUGGCUAUGGAUAUGUUCUGUAUGUUAUAUAUAGGAAGAGUAAGGUGCUGGUCACAUGUCCCAUCGCUAAUCUCUUUAAACUCUUUUACAUGGCUCAGAACAAGUUGAUGUUAUUAGAUUACUGGUAAUCCUUUGUGUGCUUUACUGGUCCGAACAACACUCUGUCAGUAAGCUACUAACAGUCCAUCUGAAACCAUCUUAUGUCUCACAACACUGGAACUAAGACAUCUAGCACCCCAAAAAGCCACACUGGGGAAAGAAGCAAAAGUGGAGAAGCGGCCAGUGGCAAAAAGGACGCAAAAGCCGGUCAUCACGAAGGAGACCAAAAGGCUGUAACAGGGGGAGGUCAUCAGAGGAAGAGCCCACACCAUGGCCACGAUGACAGACACAAUACAAAUAGUAAAGGUCACCACAAAGGCAAGAGAGUAAGCGACGCCCAGAGCAUCACAACUAAGACGUAUUCUCCAUUCCUGAAUUCACUUUUCAGCAAGGAGAGGGAUUUGGCCCCGGAAGAGAUGGAUGAAUUACAUGCAGCCUUUUUAGAGUUUGACGCUGAUCAAGAUGGAUUCAUUGGGUACAAAGAACUGGGCGAGUGCAUGAGGACGAUGGGAUAUAUGCCAACCGAAAUGGAAUUGAUUGAGAUCUCCCAGCAUAUAAAAAUGAGGAUGGGCGGUCGUGUGGACUUCGAAGACUUUGUGGAAUUGAUUGGACCAAAGAUGCUGGCAGAAACCGAAAAUAUGGUGGGAGUACGGGAGCUGAAGAUUGCAUUUAGAGAAUUUGAUGUCAAUGGAGAUGGCCAUAUUAGUGGCUUAGAGUUGCAAGAUGCUGCUCAGAGUUUCUUAGGAGAAUCGCUGAAUCCAAGUGAUAUCCAGGAAAUUAUUCAUGAUGUAGAUCUGAACGGUGAUGGAAGAGUUGACUUUGAUGAGUUUGUCAUGAUGCUGUCAUCCAGAUAAGUUAUGAAGCUCAUGGAAAAAUGAAAAGCUCUGGACAUUCAUCCCCUGCAGUGACUGUGCAUUCUGAGUACUACUAUUAAAGUGCAUACAAGUUUUUUUGUAGUAAAAUCUUUCUACGUCUUUAUCAAUCCAUUAAACACUUACAAACAAUGUAAAAAUAUGCAUGUCAUUAAAUUAAAAAGCAGAUUUCUGCAAAUGUGUCACAGAAAUAUUGGCUACAGAGGUUAAGGAGAUCCUCAAUCCUUCCAUGGUGGCAUGUGAUACUGAGAGAGGCAGCAGCCGUGGGCACUGCCCUCUAGUGGUCCAUUCCCAUUGAGUGGUCUCCAUAGUGUUUUGGCAUUCAGUGUGUUGAAGGUCAGAAGUUUUU